AUGGUUCCUCAGGAAAGGAAUGUUGUACGAAAAGGUCUGGCCGAUUUGAACUGUUUUACUCAUCUGUCUACUCCGGGUUUGCUUCGAGUUUUGAGCAGCCCAACAUGUACUUACAUCUACCUGAUGGGUCACAGGUUCUUCCUUGUCGCAGCAGUGCCAGCUGCUUCGAACGAACCUCGACAGCCCCAUCUCCGGCUAAAGUAUGAUAUCCAGGAAAUUGUCUUGGCACUUCAGGCUGCUGCGGGCAUUUCUACCAUCAAUGUCACGAGGACCAUUCAGGAUGUCAUCCAGUAUGCGGAGAGAGUGUCAACCCCGGAUCCCGCUCCGAAUUCACCCUCGACCAGCAGCCUCUCAAGGACGAGAAGAGUCAAGGUCAAUAAGUUCAGGACGAAGAGAGCAAGGGGUACUCAGGAGCCUAUUAAUCAAGGUCAAAUGGGCGCCUUUGCUCGUUAUCGGCCUGAUCUCCUCAAGGGUCAUUGGAAUGGAUGUCAUCAUCCAAAGAGAGAAUGGUGCAAGAAGACAAGUUGUCCGGGGAGCGAGUGA